UGGAAUUUUCCAACCUAUAGGAAAUUCCAGUAUUUCAAAAUUUGGUUUCAUCUCAAAAUGUACCAUGGUCACAACACUCCAUAAUGCAUCCCAUCAAUUUAAUUAGAGGGGGAGACUGAAAUGCAUCAUGGGAAGCAAAGAUUCCUGAGUGAGCUGAGCCCAUACAGGAGAACAGAAUAUUUUUGGCAAAGUCAGUGUUUUGAUUUUGGUGAAAUUGCAUUUUCCUUAAAAUGGAGGGAACCUGCUAUUCCAUCCAGCUGUUCUUCUAAUGGAGUUUACUGCUUUAUGCUUUCCCACCUCAGUUCUGUACCUUGCAAAGCUAUACUUGUCAAGUGAAGGCAUUUUUUUUUUAUUAUGCAAAAAAUGGUCUAUAAGAAAGUUUUGGUCUGUCAAAAAAUCACUGGAGGGACUCUUUCCAUAGGGGUUAGAGUGAGCAUGGAUGAGAGAUUUUAAACUCCAUCUUGUAAAUGUUUUUGUCCUGCGAGUUUCAUACACACACGCACAGAUGCACACUUUCAGUGAACUUUCAGGAUUAAUAUAUAGUUAGUGAUGAAGAUAGUUGUUUUCUAUCCUUUAUGAGUUCAUUACCUUAAACAUUGCUGACAAGGUUUGCUAUAUGUUAUAUUUAUGAGAUAGGUCAGUUAUAAUAAUGUACCUCUUGAGCACUGUUAUUUUUGUAGUAACUUCUGAAAUCGUAAAUAAAAUAUUAUUAUGAGCAUUAGACCUAAAAGAAGAAAGUAGCAAAAGUAUGAGUUACUGCUGGGCAGAAGGAAGAGAGAAAGGGCAAUACAAAAACAGAGUUUAUGAAUGCCGACAAGGAAGAGCCCAGGUGAAGAAGCAGUGAAUAGCAGUGAAAUGACACUAGUUUCCACAGUGCAUCCCUGAACAGACUGCAGAAACCUGUUGGUGAGCAACAAGAUAAGGAGUGGCCCAGAGGUAUGGUGGGUCUUUGUCAGACUAAGAAGUGGAUUGCUACAUCAGCACAUGGUGCAACGGGUCUGGUCAAGUCUGUAAAACCAUAUAACUUUCCCCUUAGCAUAUGUGGGGAAACAGCUUUUAAGUGAGACAAUAAUCAAGCUUCUAGAGUGGAGUGCAACUGCAGGAGUGGAGUGGAGAGGAUACGGGAGUGGAUGAAGUGCCUUUCAAACUGACCGUGGAGCAUUGUGAGCCAAGGGCGGCAUUCUUUGCUUUCUACCAAUGUGCAGAGCACGCUCACAGAGGCCGCAUGCUUUAGCUGAUCCGAGGGCCCAUACCUCAUCCCAGAGCCUGCCUCUCCACUCAGCUACAGCAACAUGCACUCUCUCAGGCCAAGCAGCCCCUUCUGCCAUGCAAUACCACCCACCAAUCAGAGAAGUGGCACAAGGAAGAAGUCAGGGAGGCUUUUUACUGCUCUCCAGCCAGGACCAGCAGCUUCAUGUGGAGGAGACCCAGCAGCCAUCAGCAAAGAUGGGCUCAAAGAUGCCACCACCAUCAGUAGGUGCACUCCACAUGUGCCGCCUCUAUCAGCACUGGAACCAGAACCGAACAGUGCUCCUGAAGUGGCUGGUCACCAUGGCUAAGAAGCAGCUCGAGGACUUUUGGGCCUGGUGCCACCAGGACUUGGAGAGGGAGUGGGAGAGAGGCCAGGUGCACCUUGCCUUCAAGCAGAGGGGACUCACCCUCGAGGAGAGGCAGGUCACCCUUCAAAAGAGGUACCUCACCCUCAGAAAGAGGCACCUCGCUCUCCUGGAGAGGCUGGUGGAGGCACAAAAACAGCAGUGCACUGUUGUGCAUCAGGCAAUACAGGUCACUGCAUCCUUGACACCAUGCUGGUCCUGGCAGUCACCUUCAUGCUGCCUGGAGCCCGUCCCUGAGCCCUUGCCCUGCCUGACCCCUGUGAGGUCUACAGACCAGCAUCUACCCCCACAGUGGGCAUUGGAGGAGGUUCAGUACCACCUGCAGCAGCCAAGGCCCCCUGACCCUGGUCCUCAUCCUGGUCCCAUGGGGGUCUGGCCCCCCUCCUGGGCUGCUGCCUGCUGCUCAUCCUACCACCAUGCAGCUCCUGAGCAGAAGCUGGCCACAGCUGGGCCAGCUCCCCAUGUGGGCCCUGCUGGCUUCAGCCCUGUGGAGGAGGAGGGGGAAUGAGCUGAGUAAGCUGGACAGUGCCCAUUGUCACCCCUGAGCCAGACCCCAGCCCACUGGUGUCACCAUAGCAUUUGCACUGGAGGUAGUGUCAGCAGAGGCCAGGGUGCUGGGUGCCUCUCCCUGGGCUCUGCACUGUAGGUGCCUCCUUCACACUGUCCCCUCCUGACAGUUUCACAAAGACACUUGUGUAAAUAGUUCAAAGGGGAAGAGGGUCCUUUAUUGGUGGUGCUUUAUUGGCAUUGAGGUUAGGGGUGGGAUCUGUUGUGGAGGAUGG